CGAUUGUUCAACCGGAAUUAGGAAUUUGCAGUCUUUCUGUCACGAUAAGUCACAGGAACAGCCUUGGUUAUUAAGCAAGAGAAAGAUAUGGAAUUGAUAGGUAUCACAGAAGAUGGAGAGUGUAGUGUGUCAAUUGAUUUGCCUGAAAAUGAACACUGCCGCUCUCAGAGACAACCAACACUUUUACCUGAACUUGAACAAGCAAAGAAUACCUCAAUUGCCGUAGAAACCCGAGCACCACUUAACCAAACCAGACCUGUCAUGAAAUCAGACAGAAAGAAACGAAGAACUUCAAGUGAAUGGAUGAAGAAAUAUUUCUUGGAAGGUCAAGCUUUGACCUCUACCCAGGCCCAGGCCCUUGAAACAUUCGAUCCGAGCGCGCCAUGGUACCAGAGGCUCAUUGUAAAACACCGCCGGCUGGUGGGUGUGGCAAUCCCAUUUAUCUUCUUUCAAGUCAUUUGGUGGAGUUGUGCCAUCAAGUACAACUUCUGGAGUCUGUUUCCUGACAGAUAUUUCAUGUCAAUAACGAUGGUUUUCGGUUCCGUGAUUGCAGGAAUGACAAGUGAAGGCGGAGGCUCAGUCGCUUUUCCCGUUAUGACCCUCGCUUUUGGUAUAGCACCAGCAGUAGCACGUGAUUUCUCACUGAUGAUCCAGUCCUGCGGUAUGAUAGCUGCGGCUUUUACCAUCUUCUGGAUGCGCGUGCAGCUAGAAUGGCACUCCUUAACACUUUGCUCCCUUGGAGGAAUUUUUGGCAUGAUUAUUGGCUUGGAGUUCAUCGACCCUAACCUCACCCCUCCCCAGAAGAAAAUUGGAUUUGUAUGUGUGUGGUUUGCAUUCGCUUUUGCUCUGUUUCUGUUGAAUCGCUUUCAUAAGCGGAAAACAUACAGGACGAUCCCAGAAUUUAAAUUAUGGAAGCUCAUUGUACUUCUAUUAACUGGAUUCAUCGGUGGAGGCUUCUCAGCAAUUGCCGGGAGUGGCGUGGACGUCUGUAGCUUCAGUGUUCUAACGCUCCUCUUCCGAGUAAGCGAGAAGACUGCUACACCAACGUCCGUCAUCUUGAUGGCAGGAAACACUGUGGUGGGCUUCUACUGGCGUCAGGUCAUCCAACAAGCUGUGAGUGCUGAGGCGUAUUAUUACCUGGCAGUUUGUGUGCCAAUUGUUGUGUUGGGUGCUCCAGUGGGAUCAGUGAUUGGGAGCCAUUUUCAUCGUCAGAUUCUAGCAAGCUUGAAUUAUAUUUUAGACACUGUUGCUCUUAUUACCGCGUAUGCAAUUGUGCCUCUCACGAAAGCUUUGAUUGUGGCCUCUGUGGGUAUCGUAGCUCUCGGGUUUCUCUUCUUUGGGUUGAUAGCUUAUGCUGGACAAAAAAUAAUGGAAGGAGUUGAAAACAGGAAAGAACAACUUUUACAAAGACAGGGUAACAAUGAAGAAGAAGUAGAUGAAAAUACAAUGAACUCUAAUUCAUCUAAAAUCAAUUUCCACAAAGAAAAAGCUCAUCGUAUUGAUCUUGAAACAUAAUAAUUAGCCCAGGGGAGAAGUAAAAAAUUGCCAAAACAAGAU